AGGCGGCCGUGCUGGCAGGCGCAGGCACAGAGACAGAUGCAGGCAUGGGUAUAGGCAUGGGCGCAGGCUUGGGCGCGGUUGUAGUUGCGGACUCCAUUGGCGAGGCAGGGGUGGUGGCGCUGGCAGGCAAGCAAGCGACGGACGAGGAUGAGCGGGAUGAUGAUGAUGAUGAUGGUGAUGGUGAUGGUGAUGGUGAUGGUGAUGAUGAUGAUGAUGAUGAUGAUGAUGAUGAUGAUGAUGAUGAUGAUGAUGAUGAUGAUGAUGAUGAUGAUGAUGAUGAUGAUGAUGAUGAUGAUGAUGAUGAUGCUGAUGAUGAUGAUGAUGAUGAUGAUGAUGAUGAUGAUGAUGAUGAUGAUGAUGAUGAUGAUGAUGAUGAUGAUGAUGAUGAGGAUGAAGAGCGUGAGUGGGAGGAUGAGGAGGAAGGUAUAGAGGAGGAGAUAGCAGAAGAGGAGGCGGAAGUCGAAGAUGGGGAGAAAGAAGAAGAGGAGGAAGAAGAAGAGGAAGGGGAUGAGGAAGAGGAGGAGGAAGAGGAGGAGGAAGAGGAGGAGGAAGAGGACGAAAGCAGAGAUGAUGCUCAUGCUGGUGCUGGUGCUGGUGCUGGUGCUGGAGCUGUGGCAGCAAGGGAAGUCUUAGGAGAGCGUGAGGACGAGGGAGAGGCGUGGGAGCAGGUGAAGGGGGAUAUUGAGGAGGGGGUUGAGGAGGGGGAUAUUGAGGAGGGGGUUGAGGAGGGUGGGACUGAGGACCGAGGGACGGAUGAAGAAGAGGAGGAGGAUGCAAAGGAGGAUGAAGGGGAGGAGGAUGAAAGGGAGGAGGAUGAAGGGGAGGAGGAUGAAGGGGAGGAGGACGAAAGGGAGGAGGACGAAAGGGAGAGAACUGAUGAGAGGCGGCGAAAGAAGAAGGUGAAGAAGCGGCAGCGGAAGGAACAUGGUCAUGAGCGGUGGGAGGAGGAGGAGGACGAGGAGGAGGAGGAUGAGGAGGAGGAUGAGAAUGGGGAGGAAAGGGAGGAGGAGGAGACGAAUGGGCAAGAGGAGCAGAAGGCACGUGAAGAGCCGGUGGACGAUGGGAGGGUAGAGGAGGGAGAGUGGGCAGGGGAUGACGAGGCAGAGGAGGGAGAGUGGGCAGGGGAUGACGUGGUAGAGGAGGGAGAGUGGGCAGGGGAUGACGUGGUAGAGGCGGCAGAGACCAGCUCCCAUCUCCACACCAACGACUCUAACGCCCACACUCCUCCAAACGACCAAACACCGCCGGACGACCAGCCACUCCCGAACGACCAAACACUGUCGAAGGAACAAACACUGUCAAGAGACCAGGCACCAUCGAACGAGCACCUGGCGUCCCAUGCGUCCACACCCCUCUCCCUCUCCCUGCACGCCCGCCCGCUCCCCCCUCCUGCCCCAUCCCCGCCUACCCUUCGCAGCAGCAGACGCAGCAGCAGCGCUGACAGCAGCAGCGGCAGCACUUGGUCGGAGGAGAGGAAGGGGCGUGCGAGCAGGAGAGACGCGGAUGCUGCAGAGGAGGAGAGCGAGGAGAGCGAAGAGAGCGAGGCGAAUGAGGAGCAAGGGGAGGAAGGGGAGGGAGAGGAGAGGAGGGAGAGGGCCGAGCAGGAGGCAAUGAUGCAGCCGCAGCAGCUCAAGACAAGCCAGCAGCAGGAGAGGCAACAGGAGCAGGAGAGGCAGCAGGAGCAGGAGAGGCGGGCAGGAGCACGGCUGUGCUGCGGGGGUCGGGGCUGGUGAUGCCGCGAGGCGUGUCAUCGGAGGAGGCAGCGCGCAUCCAGGCUGUCGUCA